GAACCUUCCUCCUUCCAAUCGAGACAAAAGAAGGAGAAAGGCGAAGGGAGAAGCUCGUCGCAGAAUUUUUGAAAACGGCUACCAGAACACAGACACACGCACACACCCUUCCGAACCUCUGCACCUCAUUGUCUAUCACAACCCGGUGCAUUCGAACCGCUGGAAGCUGCGUUCCGAUGAUGUCAUACCUGUGGAUCCUGCUGAUCUCUGGAGCCUUGUUGGUUGGACUUGCUACCACACAAGAUGACGUGGCCCCAACAGAGGAUGCUGACGUCCAUUCAACCUUGCUGCCCGAAAUUGUAGAGCAUUUCGACUCCGAGGCUGUUGAGGAACUAGUACCAGAAAGAGAACCUGAGCCAACUGAAGCUGGACCACAUGAAGAAGGAACUCCAGCUGAAGGGGAAGCACAGCCGGACGCUGUAUCCCAGGCAGAACCGGAACCAGAGGAUCUCGCAGAAGAAGAAUCACAAGCAGAUCCUACUGCCGAUGAAGAACCAGGAGCAACUACCGAAGGAGAAGCGGAGGUGGCCUCGGAAGAGGAAGAACCAGCAGCUCCAGAAGAGGACCAAGAGGCGACAGCUCAACCAGAACAAGAGGCUGACGCAGAAGAAGAACCAGAGGCUGCAGAGGAACCAGAAUCUACAGUAGAACCAGCAGCUGAACCAGAACCAGAUGCUGGAGCAGAACCAACAGGCGAACCAGAAACAAAGACUCCAAUAGAACCAGCUGCUGAACCCGAACCAGAGGCUGCAGCAGAACCAGCAGAAGAACCAGAAGCUACUGAAGAAGUAACUCCAUCACCUCAAGGUCCUGCGGCUGGUCCAGAUGAUCCAGAAUCUGCACAUGACAUUGCCGAUGUGGAUGAAGAACCCAGCGCCGGCGCUGAUGUAACUCAUGCCCACGAUGAGCACGGCUCCGAAGAUGAAGGCACAGCAGGAGCCGAUGCAGCUGUGCCACAUGACGAGUCAGCUCAUGCGGGAGUGGAGGUGGACGUUGGCACCGAUAUAAAGCCCCAAGUCCCUUCAGAUGGAGGCUUGAACUUGGAAGAUGCUCUGUCACAAAGCGACGCGCAAGACACGCCAGCCCAUUCGGGGAGGAGCAAGAGUGCCGGAUCAGUGGCACAUGUUGCUGAAGCCACAGGAGAAGCUGCUGAUGCUGAAGAAUCCGGCUCGGGCUCCUUGGCGGCAAUUUUGUGUGCGGUGGGUGUUGCCGUUGCGGGAGCGGGCACUGCAUACUAUACCUACCACAGGAAGAAACUCUGCUUUAAGAAUUUGCAUGAAGAAGACCCCGAGGCCGCACGCAAGGCCGACGCAGGCGAGGCUCAGUCGGAGCCUCAAGUCCUUAGCAACCUGCUGAACUCUUCGUAGAGCAGAGCUGAUCACGUGACACGACUAGGACCAACCAGUCAAGCAAAGUGGCAAGCUCACUGAUCUGAGGCUUUAUCCACUGUGGAGGCGCAUUACUGUGAGGCCCCCAUUUGGGGCUGUGUGUGUGUGUUUGUGUGUGUGUGUGUUUGUGCGUGCAUACGUGUGUAUUCAUUAGCAUAGUAUGUGGGUGAAGCAACAAAGCAAUUUGAUUAGCAACGACAAUUGGCCAGACAUUUGUUUGUCCAAACUUCUCAUGGCCGAAAUACUUUUCUAACUUUACUGACACAAGUCCAUUCAUUUAUAGGAAUUGAAAAAAAACAACAACACUGUGACUGAUCUCUUUUUUCAUGUCAAUUUUAUUAUUGUAUGUUGACAGGGUUUAACUAUUUAAAACCAGCCACGAUUUACACACAGUUGAAAUGACAUAAUUAUUAAUAAUUUAAAUACAACCCCAACAAAUUGAUUAAAAGAACAAACAAACGUUAAGUGGCGUGCGUGUGCUUUCUACCACAUAAAGAUCAGCGAUUGGGGUGCAAACAAAACCUAAAUAUUAUCAGUAUGUGUGUGCAGAGUGGACUUGCAUCUGCAUAGCAAUUGAAGUCGACAGUGGAUGGAAAGUGGGAAGUUCUCAUGAUGUGUGGGAAUCUGGUAAAGAGAUUAGAAUAGGCAAUCAAUUGUCUUGAGGUAUAAAAUACUGUAAAUAAACUAAUGAUAAAAAACAAAACGCUGCAAAACAGCAUGCCUCUAUCAAAAAGAAAUUUUAAUCUGGGUCUUGAUUUACAACUAUUUGCGACCCUUAUUUAGCUGACUUUGGGAACCGUGCCUACAAGGGAGCAUCAGUAUCAAGGCUGAUUUAAGUUCUAACCAAGAUGUUUGGCACAAGUGGUUGAGGAUUGUGGAUUGAUGGACAAUAAAAAAAAAGCGGCUGCCAUCAUUGAAACACUUUCCAUUCCGUGGAUUUGUGUCCUAAUACAUUUACUCAGUUAGGUGUACUUUAGGAGCUAUUCAAAAGUCCAUAUCACAUUUUAGUGGCUGAAGCCAAGUGUCACUGUGAGAUUUGUAUUUAGAUGCUGUCAGUUGAGUGCCUUUCACUGUCCCAGUCUGGCUUGUCCCGUGUACAGACGCAUCGAAUGUCUCCAGAACAUCCACUCUUUAUUGAGAUGCUCAUUUUAAUGGCUCAAAGUAUCCUUUUAUGUUCUCACAAGCCACAAUUUAAAAGGUUCACCAACACAGUGGACUCUUCAGCGUGAGAAAUAUUGACUUUAAUUGCCAUUUAAAAUCAACGUUGUACUAUUUUGAGGAGGAAAAAAGAAUUUCAAAUUAAAGUCACAUUUGUAUACCCAAAUUUAAAUCACAUCCAGCUAAUCUUAUGGCUUGUGAGUUUAUUGUACAAUGUGGCUCUUUAUUCUGUUCAAGCCAGCUGUCUUUUUCUCUAAUAAUCACCUUUUUUUUUCAAUGUAAAUCCUAUCCAUUGUGUUUAGUGAGGGGCCUCAGACUGAUUGUUUUUGAAUAGCGUGUAGCAUCUUUAGUGAUUAUUAUUGUGGAAACUUGCCUAAAAAUGAAGUGCUGCGAUGUUAAUGAUUUACUUAGUAUCGUAGCACAAACUGCUAACAUCUGAAUGUCUUUUUUUUUCUGUUGCCUUACAGUUGCUGUGUUGCCUUUAAAUCUUGUUUGCUGCUUAAU